CGUAGUUAACCUUAGAUUUAGUUUCUAAUAACAAGUGAGUAAUAAUUAUGGCUUCUGAUAAUGAAACGACUACGAAUUUACCAUGGGUUGAGAAAUACCGACCUAAAAAGUUGGAAGAACUUAUCUCUCAUGAAGAAAUAUUAAAAACAAUUAAAAAAUUCAUUGAUGAGAAUCAACUUCCUCAUCUUCUACUUUAUGGACCACCAGGUACAGGAAAAACGAGUACUAUUUUAGCUUGUGCAAAGAAACUUUACAAACCUGCUCAAUUUAAUUCUAUGGUAUUAGAAAUGAAUGCAUCUGAUGAUAGAGGAAUAGGUAUAGUCAGAGGCCAAAUUUUAAAUUUUGCGAGUACGGGUACCAUGUAUAGAUCUGGAUUUAAAUUGAUUAUUCUCGACGAAGCAGAUGCAAUGACAAACGACGCUCAAAAUGCUCUUAGAAGAAUUAUUGAGAAGUAUACAGAAAAUGUACGUUUUUGUAUUAUAUGUAAUUAUCUUGGUAAAAUUAUACCAGCUCUUCAGUCAAGAUGUACUAAAUUUAGAUUUGGCCCUUUACAAUCAGAACAAAUCUUACCAAGACUAAAUGAAGUUAUAGAACAGGAAAAUUUAAAAGUAACAGAUGAUGGGAAACAAGCACUAAUGACAUUGUGUGGUGGAGAUAUGAGGAAAGUAUUAAAUAUACUUCAGAGUACUUGGUUAGCUUUUGGAUCAGUUACAGAGGAAACAGUAUAUUCUUGUGUUGGACAUCCUCUUCCAGUUGAUAUAAGAAAUAUUACAAACUGGUUGUUAAAUGAAUCUUAUGAACUAUCCUAUUGUAAAAUACAAGAUCUAAAAAUUAAGAAAGGACUCGCGUUGCAAGAUAUUCUGACUGAAUUGCAUCUAUUUGUACAUAAAAUUGAAUUCCCAGAUUACAUACUCAUAAAUUUGGUGAUAAAAAUGGCCGAAAUCGAAAAAAGGAUAGCAGUCGGAUGUAGCGAGGCAGUACAAUUAAAUGCUCUUGUGGCGGCUUUUCACCAAGCACGAGAGAUAGAUCUUUGAAAAAUAUUUACGAAGCGAACCGUCAGUAACCAACAAUGUGUCAGGUCGCCUCUAUUUAUACAACACGAUAGUAUCUUAUAAUCUUUAAUUACAUUCUGUCGUGAAUCUUAUCUACGAGAUGGAUCUCCCCGAAUUGGAUGUCAAAAUCUACAACGUAAAAUCGGUAGAGUCAUCGUGUCGCUCUUUCCAUAAAUUUCGCACGAAAAGUGUAGACCUCAUUCUCCGGAUGAUAGUUCUUUGCAACAGUAACUUCAAUGUGUAUAUAAAACGAUAUACAUAUAAAUCCGCAUAUAUAGAACGUCUUGAGAAUACUUUGACAAGUAUUCUUUCGAUCGACACGCUAUUUGCUAAUCGUUAUUCGAAGAUUCUUGUUCAUUAAAAAAAAUCGUGUUGAACACGGACUAUCUCGUAACCGAAAAAACUUGUCAUUGACGAGAAAGAAAGUUGAGAAUUUAUCGUGUAGUUGUUGGGUAAACUCUUUGCAAACUAUGAAAAAAACGUCGAUCUCUUUGAAAA